GGUGAGGAAAAACGACUGGGUAGGUCGCUCUUUGUUUUCUGGCAGGGAGGAAAACCAAGAGAGACUGCGACCGGCAAGAUUUUAAACACCGCUGUUCACCGUUCGUGGGUCCUUGUUGCAGCCUCACAUCCCCACUCUCCCCUGAGAGAUGUCCACUCCUGACCCCCCAAUGGGAGGGACACCUCGGCCCGGUCCUUCCCCAGGCCCGGGGCUAUCUCCAGGUGGAAUGAUGGGCCCAAGUCCAGGUCCUUCCCCUGGCUCUGCCCAUAGUAUGAUGGGGCCCAGCCCAGGACCUCCUGGAUCUGGACACCCACACCCUCCACAGGGACCCUCAGGAUAUCCUCAGGAAAACAUGCACCAGAUGCACAAACCAAUGGAUGCCAUGCAUGAGAAGGGCAUGCCUGACGACCCUCGCUACAAUCAAAUGAAAGGCAUGGGCAUGAGACCAGGAGGGCACAGUGGGAUGGGGCCACCUCCUAGCCCCAUGGACCAACAUUCCCAAGGUUAUCCCUCUCCAUUGGGAGGCUCGGAGCAUGCACCAAGCCCAGUCCCAGCUAAUGGUCCUCCGUCUGGCUCCAUGAUGCCUGGUGGUCCAGCUGGUCCAGGGGCUGGCCCAAUGGAAGGUACCGGGGACCCUAAUCAGGGAAUGGGACAACCCAACCGUGGGGGUCCUCCGGGUCCAGUUGGACCAGGUGUUGCUGUAGGAGGACCCGGUGGUUCAGCAGGACCCACGCCUUUCAACCAGAACCAGUUGCACCAGCUCAGGGCUCAGAUUAUGGCCUACAAGAUGCUGGCACGCAGUCAGCCCUUACCAGACCACUUGCAGAUGGCCGUGCAAGGAAAGAGGCCCAUGCCUGGGAUGCAGCAACCGCCCAUGCCCAACAUGCCCACUUCUGCAGGUCCAGGGCCAGGACCAGCACAGGCCAAUUACAACAGACCUCAUGGCAUGGUUGGUCCCAAUAUGCCACCCCCUGGACCGGCAGGAGUUCCACCAGGCAUGCAAGGGCAGCCUGCCAACGGACCUCCUAAAUCAUGGCCUGAAGGACCAAUGGUGAAUGCUGCAGCACCAUCCAAUCCUCCUCAGAAGCUGAUUCCUCCUCAGUCCACAGGGAGACCCUCUCCUGCUCCUCCCUCUGUGCCACCUGCUGCCUCACCAGUAAUGCCCCCUCAGAUGCAGUCUCCAGGUCAGCCUGCACAGCCCCCUCCCAUGAUGCUUCACCAGAAACAGAAUCGCAUAACCCCUAUCCAAAAACCCAGAGGGCUGGACCCAGUGGAGAUCCUCCAGGAGAGGGAGUUCAGGCUACAAGCCCGUAUUGCUCACCGUAUUCAGGAACUGGAGAAUCUACCUGGCUCCCUUGCAGGUGACCUACGUACCAAAGCGACCAUUGAGCUCAAAGCCCUGAGGCUGCUUAACUUCCAGAGACAGCUACGCCAAGAGGUGGUGGUCUGCAUGCGUCGUGACACUGCUUUAGAAACUGCUCUUAAUGCCAAGGCCUACAAACGAAGCAAGCGUCAGUCUCUACGUGAGGCCCGUAUCACAGAGAAGCUUGAAAAACAACAGAAGAUUGAACAAGAACGCAAACGAAGACAGAAACACCAGGAAUACCUCAACAGCAUACUGCAGCACGCCAAGGACUUUAAGGAGUACCAUCGCUCCAUCACUGCAAAGAUUCAGAAGGCCACCAAAGCUAUCGCUACCUACCACGCAAACACUGAGCGUGAGCAGAAGAAAGAAAAUGAGCGCAUUGAAAAAGAGAGAAUGCGGAGGCUGAUGGCCGAAGAUGAGGAGGGCUAUCGUAAACUUAUUGACCAGAAGAAGGAUAAGCGCCUGGCCUACCUCUUGCAGCAGACAGAUGAAUAUGUGGCCAACCUCACUGAGCUGGUGCGAGCCCACAAAGCUGAACAAGCGCUCAAGGAGAAGAAAAAGAAGAAGAAAAAGAAGAAGCCAGAGGCUGUAGAGGGUGGUACUGCUGCUCUUGGACCUGAUGGAGAGCCGUUGGAUGAGACCAGUCAAAUGAGUGACCUCCCAGUGAAGGUCAUCCAUGUGGACAGUGGGAAAAUCCUGACUGGGGUUGAUGCACCUAAGGCGGGUCAGCUGGAAACUUGGCUUGAAAUGAACCCAGGGUAUGAAGUAGCACCACGUUCAGACAGUGAAGACAGUGGCUCAGAAGAGGAGGAGGAAGACGAGGACGAGGGUGAGAAACCUCAUACUUCUUCAGCUCAGAACGAGGAGAAAAAGAAGAUCCCUGACCCAGACAGUGAAGAUGUUUCUGAAGUGGAUGUCCAACACAUCAUCGAGCAUGCCAAGCAGGAUGUGGAUGAUGAGUAUGGAAGUGCAUCUUUCAACCGAGGCCUGCAGUCCUACUACGCUGUUGCUCAUGCAGUCACUGAGAAAGUGGACAGACAGUCUACAUUGUUGGUCAAUGGUCAACUCAAACAAUACCAGAUCAAAGGGCUAGAGUGGCUGGUAUCACUUUACAACAACAACUUAAACGGCAUCCUGGCUGAUGAGAUGGGUCUGGGAAAAACUAUCCAGACCAUUGCCCUGAUCACCUACCUCAUGGAAUACAAGCGCAUCAAUGGGCCCUUCCUCAUCAUUGUACCACUCUCAACUCUUUCGAACUGGGUGUAUGAGUUUGAUAAGUGGGCACCAUCUGUUGUGAAGGUCUCCUACAAGGGUUCUCCAGCUGCUCGUCGUGCAUUUGUUCCCAUCUUGCGCAGUGGCAAGUUUAAUGUGCUGCUCACCACAUAUGAGUACAUCAUCAAAGACAAGCAGGUGCUAGCAAAGCUUCGUUGGAAGUAUAUGAUUGUGGACGAGGGCCAUCGUAUGAAGAACCACCACUGUAAGCUGACCCAGGUGUUGAACACGCACUACCUGGCCCCACGUCGGGUGCUGCUCACAGGCACUCCUCUGCAGAACAAGCUCCCUGAGCUCUGGGCCUUGCUCAACUUCCUCCUACCCACCAUUUUCAAAAGCUGCAGCACCUUCGAACAAUGGUUCAAUGCCCCGUUCGCCAUGACUGGAGAGAAAGUUGACCUCAAUGAAGAAGAGACCAUUCUCAUUAUUCGACGUCUACAUAAGGUGCUGCGACCUUUCUUACUACGCCGGCUCAAGAAGGAGGUCGAGGCCCAGCUUCCAGAGAAGGUGGAGUAUGUGAUCAAAUGUGACAUGUCAGCCCUUCAAAGAGUGUUGUAUAGACACAUGCAAGCGAAGGGGGUCUUGCUCACAGAUGGGUCAGAGAAAGAUAAGAAGGGUAAAGGUGGCACUAAGACUUUGAUGAACACGAUCAUGCAGCUGAGAAAGAUUUGUAAUCACCCCUUCAUGUUCCAACACAUUGAGGAGUCUUUCUCUGAGCAUCUGGGUUAUUCAGGCGGAAUCGUGAGUGGUCCUGACUUAUAUCGCUCCUCUGGGAAAUUUGAGCUGCUGGAUCGUAUCCUGCCCAAGCUGAGGGCCACCGACCACAAAGUGCUGCUCUUCUGUCAGAUGACCUCACUCAUGACCAUCAUGGAAGAUUACUUUGCCUACCGCAACUUCAAGUACCUACGUCUAGAUGGAACCACAAAGGCGGAGGACCGUGGGAUGCUGUUGAAAACUUUCAAUGACCCAGCGUCUGAGUACUUUGUGUUUUUGCUCAGCACCCGAGCUGGAGGCUUGGGUCUCAACCUGCAGUCUGCUGAUACCGUUGUGAUCUUUGAUAGCGACUGGAACCCCCAUCAGGACCUGCAAGCUCAGGACAGGGCCCAUCGUAUCGGACAGCAGAAUGAGGUGCGCGUCCUUCGGCUCUGCACUGUCAACAGUGUGGAGGAGAAGAUUCUGGCGGCAGCCAAGUAUAAACUGAACGUGGACCAGAAGGUCAUCCAGGCGGGCAUGUUUGACCAGAAGUCAUCAGGCUGUGAGCGCCGGGCCUUCUUACAGGCCAUUCUGGAGCACGAGGAACAGGAUGAGGUCGGGGCUCGUGGAGGCUGCCGCACUAGGGGGGCGUGGGAGGAAGACGAAGUGCCUGAUGAUGAGACAGUCAAUCAGAUGAUUGCCAGAAGUGAAGAAGAGUUUGAACAGUUCAUGCGCAUGGAUCUCGACAGACGCCGGGAGGAUGCCCGCAACCCCAAGAGAAAACCUCGUCUGAUGGAGGAGGAUGAUCUGCCCAGCUGGAUUUUGAAAGAUGACGCUGAGGUUGAGAGGCUUACCUGCGAAGAGGAGGAGGAGAAGAUGUUUGGCCGAGGAUCCCGUCAGCGUAAGGAGGUGGACUACAGCGACUCACUCACUGAGAAACAGUGGUUGAAGGCCAUUGAAGAGGGUAAUUUGGAAGACAUCGAGGAGGAAGUGCGCCACAAAAAGACAACCAGAAAGCGCAAGCGAGACCGCGACCAUGACUGUGGACCCGCUACACCCAGCUCCAGCAGCGGGCGAGGACGCGACAAGGACGAGGAGGUGAAGAAAGCAAAGAAACGUGGUCGGCCACCUGCUGAGAAACUCUCUCCUAACCCUGCGUCCCUCACCAAGAAGAUGAAAAAGACAGUUGAUGCCGUCAUCAAAUACAAGGACGGUAGUAAUGGACGACAGCUGAGUGAGGUCUUCAUCCAGCUGCCUUCCCGCAAGGAGCUGCCUGAGUACUAUGAGCUUAUCCGCAAACCAGUAGACUUCAGAAAGAUCAAGGAGAGGAUCCGCAGUCAUAAGUACCGCAGCUUGAAUGACCUUGAGAAGGACGUGAUGUUGCUAUGUCAGAAUGCUCAGACUUUCAACCUCGAGGGAUCUCUGAUCUACGAAGACUCUAUUGUGCUUCAGUCUGUCUUCACCAGUGUGAGACAGAAGAUUGAAAAGGAGGAGGACAGUGAAGGAGAGGAGAGCGAAGAGGAAGAGGAAGAACUUGACGAAGGUUCUGAGUCUGAAUCCCGUUCUGUGAAGGUAAAGAUUAAACUGAGCCGGAAAGAAAAGGGGGAGCGUAGUGGAAAAGGACAGCGACGGAGGGGCCGCGGCAUCCGGGCUAAACCUGUGGUGAGCGAUGACGACACUGAGGACGAACAGGAAGAGGAGCAUUCGGCCAGCGGCAGCGAAGAGGACUGAACAUGAACCACUCCUAAAUGGACCAACAGCCCACUGAGCUACUUGACUGGAACUUAGAUAUUUUUCUUUAGCUACAGCAGGGAGACAUUCAGUGGGAACGUUUAGUUUUACCUAGAUAUGAUUUUUAGUGAGACUGUUGUAUUCUCAUUAAAGUGUAUCAUGAUUGAAACGCAAAAAAAGUACAUAUGAACGUAUGAUAUGAACUAUCCACUUCCAUAUUUAAACAUGUUUUCUUAUGAUAGAUAGUGUGUGUCUGCCUCCCCCUCGCCCCCUCCUCAAACGGAAGAUAUUGACUCAACAACUGAUCAUGGGCCAUAUAGAUAGCAGUUUUUUUUGUUGUUGUUUGUUUUUUUAAAGUUGUGUUAGUUUUGUCAUCCUUUUGAGAAGUGAACCAAGACGCACUGUGUUUCCUGAAAUCCCCUUUUGAAUGCAUGUUGUGCGUCUGUGGAAAUGCACCUGGAUGUGUCUUUGUUAUUAUCUCUGUGUAAUUUAAGACUACAAGCGGGAUCAUGGUACGGCCCACCUGCAGCCCCUCCCUCUCAGGUUGUGUAUGUAAACAGGGAGGGAGGGACGGGACCAUUUUCUCGGGUCUAUGUCACUGGAUUCCAAAAAGUACAAUAAAGGCAUCUCGUAAUAAAUUUGCAGGCUAGUUUGAAUUAUUUUUUUUCUGACCACUAGAUGUCUUACUGAUCACAGUUGGCUCUUGAUUACCAGCAAAUCAUUAUGCUAAGUGGGUUUCGUUUGAUUCAAGUCAGCUAUUUGACAUAACUUUUGAAACUGUUAUUAAAAUGUCCUACUACUGCUGUUACCAUUGAGGUUUUCAUUUGUUUAAU